CACAACUGCGGUCACCUGCAGCAUCUGGCGGCCGCAGCAGGCCGCUAACGUUAGUCAGUGGCUGGGUGAACCACGCUUUGUUGGAGGAGCCUUGCGAGACCGACGUUGCAACCCUAACAAAAUUGCUGAUUGAUCCUUCGAUGCUAGCUGAACGUUCCUCAACCUGGGCUGUAGGGCUGGCUCGCAUUUAUGACCCAGAGGAUCUGGACCCAAGUCCGAUAGGCAAACUUAUAGAUCCUGGCCGGUGCUUGAUGAGCGAGGGGUUCUACGGGACAGUUGGAUACUUUCCACAUUCGGAACUUGUAGGCCAUCAUCCUAAGCUCCGAGAAUCAAGUCCUUGCCAUCCAAGUCAUUUUAUUAUCUUCCAUUUUUAUGUUCUCAUCUGCGUUCUCCUCUCUAAGGUAUUUCUCUUACCUUUAUUUCUAUCUUUGUCUUUUCUACUUCUCUUUCCUUGUCUCUUGCUGGCUUCUUCUCAGUCUGCUUUCGUCUUCUGUUGUUGUCCUCUAUUCUCCGUUUUAUUACAGUAUUAAGGUUAUGGCCGGUGGUGGUCAAAAGCCUAACUAUUAUACGUACUUUAUUGAUAAUAUGAAACAAUUGGCCGCGUGGUGUAGUUGGUUAUCACGUCAGUCUAACACACUGAAGGUCUCCAGUUCGAACCUGGACGUGGUCAUUCGUCAAUUUCUUUUGCAAACAUGUAUUCCACACGUUAAUUUAUAUUUAUAUGUAUUACUUUUU